GCGUGAUUUAUGACGUAUUGACGCAGCGACGCAUGUUGCCGCGAUAUUUCAGCUUCGCCGAGGAUCAGUCAACGUCAACCAACCGAGCAACGUCUCAGUCCACCUCGUUGAUGUUUUAGACUCUACACCGCCCAUGUUCUCUCUCUCUGAGCGGCUCGGCCUGGUUCGGUUAGUCUCGGGACAAGACGCACACUUUCCCCGGUUCGCAGUUUGCCCGCCUCCGGCUGUCUGGUGCUCAUUUAACUAAGAAGUUAUCCCGGGUUACGUGGCACGAACCAGGUCAGUCAGCUCCGCGCCGACGCCACAGCCCGGUUCCUUUCCUCGCCGAACACUUUGAGGAUGGUUUUACUGAAGAACCUCCACCCUCCCACCGAGGGCGUGCGGCACGAGCAAGCCGAGACCACGGCGGUGAUGGACGGCCAGAGGCUGGGCUGCGGCACGCUGUACGUCGCCGAAACGCGCGUGUCGUGGUUUGACGGUUCGGGGAUGGGUUUCUCUCUGGAGUAUCCCACCAUCGGCCUGCACGCCAUCUCCAGAGACGUCAGUGCCUACCCACAGGAACACCUGUACGUCAUGGUCAACGGCAAACUCAGCGGUGAGAAUGAAGCAGAAAUGGCAGAGAAAGCAGAUGAUGGUGAAGAAGACGAAGAAGACGACGACGGUGGCAGCAGCGGCGGUGAUGAUGAAGAUGGAGCGAUCACAGAGAUUCGCUUUGUGCCCAGUGACAAGGCUGCAUUGGAGAUCAUGUUCUCAGCGAUGUGCGAGUGCCAGGCGCUGCACCCCGACCCAGAGGACGACGACUCCGACAACGACUUUGAAGGAGAAGAGUACGACGUGGAGGAGGCCGAAGCAGAGCACGGCCAUGCCGACAUCCCGUCCUUCUACACCUGUGACGAGGGUCUGUCGGCGCUCACGCAGGAGGGCCAGGCCACACUGGAGAGGCUGGAGGGGAUGCUGGCCCAGAGUGUCGCUCAGCAGUUUCACAUGGCCGGAGUCCGAACCGAAGAAGGCAAAAGCGAAUUUGAAGACGGAAUGGAGGUGGAUGCAGGAGCGAUGGAGGCGGGUCAGUUUGAGGAUGCAGACGUUGAGCACUAAAUGGGAGUCAUCUCAGAAGCCAAUCAGAGCACUGGAGAUGCAUCAUGGGAUUGGAAAAGAGGACCGGGGCAUUUCUUUCAGGCUACUAGCUCUUACUCGUACUCUCUUCUUGUUCUCGAUAUCAAACUGCAAAAUAUUUCCUCUUUAUUUUGUGUUAAAUUGGAGCUCAUUGUGUUGUAGGUUUUCAGCUCCUCCACCUCCAACUCUAGUGGUUUGUCCAGUUCACCGGAACAAUGUGUUCUGCACUUAUGUAAUGCAGCCAAGUCGGAAAUUACAAGAUCCUUUCGUUGACUGUAGAAAAAAAUAAGUUUGUUUCUGUUUUGUGCCUGAAGACAAAUUUAAAAUCUGACAUUCCUGCAGAGGAAAUUAACGUUGUUGUAUCAAAUUGUCAAUAAAUGCAUAGUUUUUUGUAGGA